GUCUUGGAAGACAAAGCUACCUACACUGGUUUGAAAAGCCACAAUUUGUUAAUCUUUAUUUCACGAAAGCGCAGUAUUAAAAGAUGUUCAAAGUCGUACUCGGUUUCGCAAUCUUGGCUGGUGUUGCAAUCCAGGAUAGCAGCCAAAUUCUCACGUGUAGUGUUACUGGUGACCCACAUUAUCGAACGUUUACUGGCAAAGAUAUCAACUUUCAAGGCGUGUGUCAAUAUACGCUAGUUAAAGAUGAUACAAAAACGUUCACCGUGCUUGGAAGGGCCGAAAAUUCGUGUGGACGCAGUGUUUCAUGCACUGACGAAGUUACCAUACUGGUGAAAAAACUUGAUAUUGUUAUCAAGCGUGGAGGAACCGUCACUGUUUUUGGACAUGACAAGAAAUUACCAUACUGCAGACGGGGUGUGAGCAUAAAAAAAAUUGGUAACAAAGUUACAGUAACAACAGAUGUUGGUCUGACUGUUGACUACGAUGGCUUAUAUAACGCCAACAUCAAUAUUGGUGAUGAAUUCAGUGGAACUUUAAGCGGGAUUUGUGGUGAAUAUAACGGAAAGACCUCGAAGGAUCUCGUGAAACCUGACAGAACAGAUGCAGGAAAUGACCAAGAUUUUGUCGACUCCUGGAAAGUCAACAAAUCUUGUCCAAAACCUCCUGAUAUACCAAAUCCAUGCGACAACAGUCUGUCUAAACUUAAAGCAGCAAACGGUGAAUGCAAGAAAUUAGAACGCCCUCCAUUCUCAGCAUGCCAUGACCACGUCAAGGUGGACUCAUAUAUUGAAGAUUGUAUCUAUGAUAUCUGCCAUAGCAAAAGGCCGCGCGAGUUUCCGAAAUUUUAUUGUGAAUCAUACGCCAGUUACGUCGACACUUGUAAACGUGCUGAUGUCAAUAUCACGUGGCCAAAAAAUUUGCUGAAAGGCUGUAAAGAAUACUUAGGCCGAUAAUUUGGUUCUCCAGGGAUUGGGGUGAUUGAAGAAAGAAAGCUGUCAUAUACCAAGAAAUCAGAUGAGGUAGAAAAACAAUUAACCAAGAAUAGAACUAUCCCUAAUCAAAACUGUUGUUAAAUCAUUAAUCUAAUAGUAAUCUAUGUUUGCGAGAAGCUGAUCAAUAC